AUGGGCGGUGACGGCUAUGAGCGCUCCUACAUUCGCGACAGGGUCGUCAUCACGGCUCAAUGCGCGCUUUACACCGCGUGCGUCAAGUGGCCAUCGCCUUCUGAGCACCUUGCCGAUCUCAAGAAGUACUCUUACUCGGACAGCAUCGACCUCUACUCAUGCGGGACCUGUUCGGCCCAGAUGUUCUGCCUCGGACCCGCCGUCGGAGACGUUCCUUGGGUGGUUACCGGCGCACUUGAGAAUGCCGAGGACUUGGUGCAGUACGCGAACCACAUGCACGUCGGAGACACCAUUGAUGGAGGAGCUUCGGUCUGGUUGCCUCGAUAUGCGGACGGCGCGCCGGUUAAGCGGUGGAGAGAGGGCGCUGGGAAGAGUGAGGAGUUACCGCUAGAUUGGCCCGGUGCCAAGGCCUUGUCAUCUGAGACUCUCAAGGCAGGGCCGACUCCUGAGAUCACGCCGUUCCGAUGUCACUGCGGUGGUAUCGACCUCAAGCUCAAAAGCGGCGCUGAUCUCGGAGACUUCCCGGAAGAAGAUCUCGACACCUGGUUCGUCGACAAAGAAACACUGAAGUACCGCGGAAGUCUCGAAUGCUGCGACUCUUGCCGACUCAGCUUCGGAGCGGACUUGAUGGCGUGGACCUUUGCUCCCCUAUCGCACAUUGAAUUUGGCGGAGACAACCCACCAGACGCGGCCAAGUUUCCCAGAAACGUCAGCUACCUGAGAGAUGCGGUCACGGCUAAGGACAAGGAUCCACGCCUGGGUACCCUGGCGAUGUAUGAGAGCUCUCGAGACGUCCAGCGGUACUUCUGCUCAAAGUGCUCCGCCAGCGUCUUUUACGCCGUCAACGACCGGCCCGGCAUGGUGGAUAUCGCAGUCGGGCUGUUGCAGCAUCCUGAUGGGGCUCGUGCGGAAGGCUUGCUCAAGUGGCUUGACAAAGUUGGUUGGGCGCAGGAUGUUGCGGGAGGAUGGCGGGAGGGGCUUGCAAACACAUCGAAGAGGCUUCUAAACGAGUGGACCGAGAAGACUCGAGGGCCUGCCCACUCAAGCCAUUAG